GUCUGGCAGCCCCUGGAGUUAGGGGGUUGGGAUGCUGGGGGGCCUUUCCCCACCCCCCUUUUCAGGUAGCUCCCCACCCUGUUGGGACGGUGGGGUGCAGGGGUGUGUGGCUGGAACGUGGGGUGCAGCCCCUGAUUCUGGGAGCGGGGCACAAAGCGCUAGGACAGUUUGGGGGCACCCGGGGGGGGGAUGGGACUCUGUCUGUGCCGCCUGCUGUCUGUCAAUAAACCUCUCGACAUUCCUCAGGCUGCGUCCUUGGGGGGCGGCGCCCGGGCUCAGCUGUCGCCGCGCGUCACUGUCGGGGGAGGCCAUGGCCGGGAGCGGGGGCCGCCUACCCCUCGCCCUGCUGGCCACCGUGGCCGGCUGGGCCUUGGCCCUGGCCCGGGGCCUGGUGUUCCUGAGCAGUGAGCGCUGUGCCUGGCUCCUGGGCGCCCCCUGCCUGCGGCGGGCGUAUCACGCCUGGCUGGCGGGCGCCGUCCUGCUGGGACCCCUGCUGCACCCCUUCGCCGACCCCCACGCCAUCCUCGCCAACCAGCGCAACUUCUUCAUCCGCACGUUCGUGGCCUCGGCCUGGGGCUGGACCUGCAUCCUGGCGGGCGGCUUUGCCCUGCUGGUGAGCUACGGGGCGACGGGCCGGGCGCUAGCCCCCCUGCGGCCGCUGGCCCGGCUGGCCGUGGGCACGGGGCUGCAGCUGGCCGCCGCCGCCGCCUUCGGGCUCGUGGAGGAGCUGACGGGCUAUUGCUACGCCCCGCUGCCGGCCGGCACCCUGCUGCCCCCCCUGCCCGACCGGCUGGGCUGCCUGGCCGCUGGGCACCGCUGGCGCGGCUACCUGCCCUCCCGGCCCGCCUUCCUACUCACCUUCUGCUGCCUGCUGCUGGCCGAGGAGCUGGCCGUCUUCCGGCGCUACCUGGCCCGCGGGCACCCGGCCGGCGCCCCCCUGCGCCUCGUCUUCCUGCUCAACGUGGUGCUGCUGGCCCUGUGGAACCUCCUGCUGCUGGGUACCGCCGUGUACGGCCCGGCCUACGGGCCCCAGCUGGUGGGGGCCGCCGUGGCCACGCUGGCCUGGUACCUCACUUACCAGGGCUGGUACCGCGCCCGCUGGUCCCCCGGCCGCCCGGGGGCCGGCCUCUUCCUCAAGGGCGAGCCGCGUGCCUGAGGGACCCAGGCAUCCGGGAGAAGCACAGCCCCCCUUCCCCCAGCCUGGAGAGGGACUGUCUCCACUGCCAGUUGGGAGUGCUAGGGGGGUGAAUGGGGGGAGGCAGGAGCGAGGGGGAGCUGGCUGCUGAAGGAACCCAGGUGUCCUGGCGGGGGGAGCAGACCCAGGAGGCCAUGGGAGGGGACCCAAGUGUCCGAGAGAAGAUCCCUCCCCCCACCCUCAAAAGGGGCUGAAACCCUCUCCUAGGGAAAUGGGGUUGGGGGGGGGCAGGAGUCCAGGAGUUGGAGGGUGUUGGGGUGGGAGGAGAACCCAGGUGUCCGAGGAGGAAUGGAGGCCCCCCCUCACUGUUUCCGGGGGGGGCAGGAAGACGGGGGGGGGUUAAUUCAGGGAUGGGGCCCCAGGCAUCUGUCGGGGGCAGGGGGAAAUCCCAGCAUGGAGUGAAUGACAACAGGGGGACCUAGGCAUCCGGGGCACAAAUAAAACAUGGCCGCCUGCCCUCAGUGGGGA